AUGUGCCUCCUUCAGGUCAGGCAAGUGCUUGGACUUUCAACAGAGUGGCCUCAUCAUCCUCUGUAUUUUCCUGAAUCUCUGAUGUACAACAAUACGUGUGUAAACAGGAAGAUUAGAGGUUCUGGAUGGAGAUUACGCAUUGCCUCAACAUGUCUAUGCCUUGUGGAGAUUUUCCAACAUCUACAUGAGCAGCUAAAGCAGUGGUUCUCAUUCUCCCUAACCUCAAAGGAAAACUCAACCGGAUCGCUCUCCGUGUACUGUGUACUGACACCAAACGUCACCAAAAAGAUUUUUGCAGAGGAAGUUAACACUGCUUUCACAGACUCCACAGAGAAAGAGCUUAAAGGUAUCCUCAAAGUCUGCGAUGAGCCUCCUGUGUCAGUUGAUUUCAGAUGCUCGGAUGUGUCGUCACCCAUUGAUUCUACACUCACUAUGGUUAUGGGAGAUGAUAUGGUUAAGGUGAUUGUAUGGUAUGAUAAUGAAUGGGGUCUCAAACAAUAA